AUGGCGUCGUCGUCCAAGCCGACCAGCACCUUUCUAUAUUCCUGUAUAGCCCACGGAACCACAAUAUUAGCCGAACAUUCCUCCCCCGGCGCCUCAUCCACCUCCGCCUCAUCACUCGCCUCCAUCAUCCUCCCCAAAAUCUCACACGACAAACCCCAGAAACUCACAUAUACACACGACCGUCUGUUUGUACACUACAUCGCCGACUCCCCCUCAUCCGGAAACACCCAGCAAGAUGACAACAGCAAAACUCCCGCUGGAGGAGAACUCGACUCCCACUCCUCACUAAGCUACCUCGUCGUUGCAACCGCCGAACAAGGCCGACGCAUCCCCUUCGCGUUCCUGCUGGAAGCCAAACGCAAAUUUUUGUCUGCUUACCCGCCUUCAACAACCGAUUUUUCGGCGCUACCAGCCUAUGGCUGCGCGGCGUACAACUCCGAGCUCAGAGCGUUGCUGCAGCAAUACAAUACCGCGCCUCCCUCGGAUUCACUCGCCUCCGCGCGGAGAGAGAUUGAUAGUGUGCGGAACAUAAUGACGGAGAAUAUUGAGCGGGUUCUGGAGCGGGGAGAGAGGAUUGAUUUGUUGGUUGAUAAGACCGACCGGCUAGGAGGGACUGCGCAUGAUUUUAGGAUGAGAUCGAGGGGUUUGAGGAGGAAGAUGUGGUGGAAGAAUGUCAAGGUUAUGGUGCUAUUGGGCGUGGUGGUUGUGUUUUUGAUUUACUUGUUUGUUGGGAUGGGAUGUGGGUUACCAGCUUGGGGGAGGUGUAUUGGGAAGUAG